CCAGCAUCAAAUGCUGUUAAAAGUCACUCGAAUGUAAAAUUGGAGCUGUCCUACAUAGAAUGCCCUAACCACUCCGGCAUCCUCCACAACCCGUGUUGCUCACUUCCUGUUCACCCCACAAGUCGAACUCUAACCUGACUUUUCCAACUCUUCUCCGGAAUCUGGACCGUGCCGCGUCAUACGGCGGCCUACGGGCAGCUACUUUCAGGACUAGGCUCCUGCUUGACAAAUCCAUCCACGCCAACUAUCGUCGUGGUCAUACUGGUACUUCACACAGUUGCUUUUGGCCACGGCCGGCGAGAUGACGACAAUGGCCUCCGACCACGGAACCUCGAGCUCCUCGGGGACGGAAGACGAAGCCGUAUAUGGGAUUGUUGAUGAAUCGAACACCCUCCCCACAUCCAACAGCGACCUGGCCUUCGAGUAUGUGGACACCGAAACCCGAGACAGCCGUCGCAGCAGCACCCCCGACCAAGAACUCGCGCCGACAGUAACCAUGACGGCGAGGGCCUACCAGCUCGAGAUGCUCGAGGAGAGCCUGAAGCAGAACAUCAUCGUUGCGAUGGACACAGGGAGUGGGAAAACCCAGGUCGCCAUACUUCGUAUCCAAGCAGAACUGGAACGGAGUGACAAGAUUGCUUGGUUCUUGACCCCAACCGUGGCUUUGGCCGAGCAGCAAUUCGAAGCCAUCAGAGCCCAGAUCCCUGGGGUCCAGUCCAAGUUGAUUGUCGGGUCCAACAACGUGGACGCAUGGUCAACCAAGCCCGGCGUGUGGGAUGCCGUUCUCCUCAACACCCGCAUCAUUGUGUCAACCUACCAGAUUCUGUUCGACGCCGUAGCCCAUGCCUUUAUACCUCUUUCCUCCAUCGGUCUCGUUGUUAUAGACGAAGCGCACAACCCUGUCAAGAUGAAUUCUGUCAGGAGACUCAUGGUUGAGCACUAUGCUCCCAGCAAGGCGAAAGGACACCCUGUUCCCCAUAUUUUGGGACUUACAGCAAGUCCUUUGAUGAGAUCCGACCUUAACGACCUGGAGUUGCUCGAACAAACACUGGAUGCCGUCUGCAAGACACCAAGCAAACACAGGGACGAGUUGAUGGCUCUGGUCAAACCUCCUGAGAUGAAAACUGUUUCAUACGGAGCUAUCCCAGGCCCCGAGGGAGCUUCUUCUGCCACCCCCACCAUGACGAGGUUGAAGAACGUCUACCAUAGUCUUCGCAUUGAGGACGACCCAUACUUCCAACAUCUACUGGCUAACCCUACGCCACGAAACCAGAACAAGCUCAACAAGGUUAUUCUGGACAAGAAGACAUUCUGCAGAGGGCAGGUGAAGUCGUUGUAUAACAGGGCCUCGGAUAUGUGCGAUUGUCUUGGGCCUUGGGCUGCCGACUACUAUAUUCACAGGGCCAUUUCUACCUUCCAACAAGACCCGGACUGUUCUCAUCCAUCAACCGAUACUCUGGCGGACCGUGAACGGCAAUAUCUGUCCGAGACAUUCCGUAAAGUGAACGCACAGGCGCCUGCUGGUGCACCAACCGCCCUUUCACCGAGGGUACAGGCCUUGCUCAACGCUCUCGAGUCUCACCAAGGGAACCCGCUGGGCAUCGUCUUUGUCAGAGAGAGGACUACGGUCGCCGUGCUGUCCCACAUACUCACCGUUCAUCCCAAGACAGCGAGUCGCUAUCGAGUGGGUUCCAUGGUUGGCACUUCCCAAGUACCGGGCAGAAGACGGGACUUUCUGGACCUGAGUUCAAAAGACUAUCUGCUCUCGCUCCAAUCGUUCCGCAAGGGCACAACCAACCUCCUCGUUGCAACGAGCGUUCUCGAGGAAGGCAUCGAUGUGCCAGCGUGCAACCUCGUCGUCUGCUUUGAGCUGCCUAAAAACCUGAAAUCCUUCAUCCAACGUCGGGGCCGAGCCCGAAUGGCCGACUCCCAGAUGUAUCUCCUUGUCGAGGAUGACUCGAGUGACGCGGCUCGCGCUUGGCUUGACCUCGAGCGGGAGAUGAAGCGCAAGUAUGAGGAUGACUUGCGGGAGAAGCAACAGCUCGAAGAGGCGGAGAAGUGUGAACCACUGGACUACCCGAUACUUCGAGACCAGGAGACGGGCGCACAAAUCACCAUCCACGACGCGAAGGCACACCUGGAGCACUUCUGCGCCACGUUAUCGACGCGAAAAUUCGUCGACUGGAGCCCGUUUUACGUCGUCCACGAUCUGGAAGGGAAUCCAGUAGACGCGCACCAACUGUGCCUGCGGAAGGCCACAGUCCACCUACCGGUUUCGCUGGCCCCGGAGUUGCGCUGCUUUGAGAGUCUUAUGCCCUGGCCUUCGGAGGCCAACGCUUGCAAAGAUGCCGCUUUCCAGGCUUACGCAAAGCUCUACGAGGUUGGGCUGCUAAACCGCCAUCUGCUUCCCAUCAGGGAGACCGACUUGCUGAAGGAGGUUGAGCCCCGUCCCGGCCUGUCCACGGUCAAGGAGCAACUAAAUCCGUGGCCGCGGGUUGCGCAGGCAUGGCGAGACGGUGCCCCGACUUCGAGAAGGAGGGUGACGGUCUCGAGCCACGAGAAGUCGCGGAGUGCGGAAUUCGAACUCGUCCUCCCUGUUCCGGUUCCGCACAUGGAACCCUUUGAUCUUUAUUGGGAUCAUGACUCAUUGUGGCGUGUCAUCAUGGACCGAGACAUUGACAUGGCAGAGGUUGAUGACGCAGUCGAAGGCCGAGACCACACAUCCGUCCUGCUUGCGAUGGCUUUCGGACACCGUUGGCAUAUUCAGGAGAAGCAGUACCCCGUUGGCUUUGUCUGCCUCGGUCACAAUAUCGGCCUCGACGACAUGGCUACCCACGACGUCGAUCCCCAAAAGAUAGCCACCGUCGGGUCAACGUGUCUCGUCCGGGAUAUUGCCAACAAGAAGCAACCAUAUAUCUAUGUGGAUUGGCUUCCCGCAAAGCCUCCAGCCGAACUGGUGGAAAAGCCGUAUCGAGGCUUCGACGAAGCAGCGGAAGACGUGCCUUACGUCGUCGUAAGAAAUUGGCCGAAGAAGGUUGGCCUCUUCCGUCAACUGGAUCCGAAUUCCGCACCGGUUCCCAGCACCAAGCCAUAUCCACGAGUGCUUCCUGCUGACCAGGUCCGAGUUGACAACAUCCCGGCAGUCUAUGCGCACGUUGGCAUGAUGAUUCCAGCCAUCACUCAUGCACUCGAGGUUCAUCUCGUGGCCAAAGACCUCCUGGACUCCCGGCUCCAGCAGACGGGCAUCAGUGACCUGUCUCUCGUCGUCAUGGCCAUCAGUGCGACCGCGGCUAGGGGCCCGACUGACUACGAGCGGAUCGAGUUCCUCGGAGAUUCAAUCCUCAAGUUUUCUACGACCAUCAAUUGUUCUGCGAAGUAUCUGAAAUUCCCUGAAGGGUGUCUGUCGCCCCUGAAAGACAAGAUUGUCGCCAACUCGAGGCUCUUCCGCGCUGCCGUCGACUUCGGCCUGGAUCGGUACAUCAUCCACAAGGCGUUCACGCUCCAGAAAUGGCGGCCACCCUACGUCGAGGACCUUCUCAAGAACCCGCCGUCGGCCACAGAAACAAGAAGGCUCUCGACUAAGACCCUCGCCGAUGUAGUCGAGGCCCUCAUCGGCGCAUCCUACAUAAGCGGAGGCAUCCCGAAAGCCCUCGCCUGCAUAUCUCUUUUCCUCCCCGACUUUGAGUGGCAAAGCAUCGAGCAGAGCCAAGAAAUCCUGAACAACGAGGCGCCUGCCGACGAAGUCCUCCCCCUAACCAUGCGCAACCUGGAGUCUCUCAUCGGAUAUACCUUCAACAAGAAAUCCCUACUCGUUGAAGCAAUGACGCAUCCGUCCUGCACCGGCCCUGGGAUCCGCGCCUCACUUGACCGCCUCGAGUUCCUCGGCGACGCCCUCCUCGACUACAUCGUCGUCACCAACCUCUUCCGCCUGACCACCGGCGAGGACACGGCGGGCCCGCUCGAUAACGCCACCCUUCAUCUCCUCCGCACGGCCCUCGUCAACGCAGACAUCCUCGGCUUUCUGGCCAUGGAGUGGUGUGUCACUGAGGCGCGCGUGGAUGUAAAUGUCGACGAUGACUCCAAAUGGUUUAAAACAGGUUCCAAUAGAGCAACAGAAAUCCACCUCGUCGAAUCCCAAACCCCGCUCCCGCUCUGGUCCUUCAUGCGCCACGCCUCCCCGGACAUGGGCGCCAUCCAGCGCGCGACAUCGCUCCGUCACGCGGCGAUGCGGGAGCGGAUUUUGCAGGCGCUGUGGCGUGGCGAGGAAUACCCGUGGUCGCUGCUCUGUCGGCUGCAGGCGCAAAAAUUUUACAGUGAUGUGUUUGAGAGUGUGCUCGGGGCAGUGUGGGUGGAUUCUGGGUCGAUCGAAGACUGUGAGGCAGUGGUGGAGAGGGCGGGAAUCCUGCCGCUUAUGAGGCGGUUGGUGAGGGAUGGGGUGCAUUUGCUGCAUCCUAAGGAGGAGUUGGGCAGGUUGGCAGUUAGGGAGCGGGUGGAGUAUGUUGUUGAAGCUCGUGUUGGGGAGGACGGGGUGGAGGGGAGAGUGUUUGGGUGUAAGGUGUUGGUGGGUGGGAAGUGUGUUGGGACGGCGGAAGGCGGGUUGAGUAGGGAGGAGGCGAGGACCAGGGCGGCGGAGGCGGCGUGUCGAGUAUUGAAGGGGAGGAAUCACCUGGGGAAAGGGGAGGCUGAGGUGUGAGCGUUUCCAUUGUUCAAA